AUUGGUCCACGGCACUCAGCUUCCGUUUUGAACGCAAACUGAACUACUGGUGAUGAUUGUAACAGCAGCGGUUUGUUUUGCUUUUCAUUCCUUAGUUUUUAGAUGAGUGCAGUUUGAUUUGACAUUUGGUCAAAUCAAUAUUUGGUGCUAGGUAGGUUUGCAGAUUUAAUCAAGUAUGGCAAGACAGGGCGUAUCAAGACCAAAGGUGAUCUCAACAGGCAGACUGACAGCCUCUGGACGUGGACAGAUACACAAGAAAAGGGUUGCUGGGAGAUGUGUUCCUCCUCUAGAACCAGCGUAUUCUCUUUAUUCUACAGACUCUGAAGAUCAGGUGACGACGAUACACAAGGGACUGGACCGAUGUGCUGCUUUACUCAAUGGGAUACUUCAAGCUGAACAAGCAGAAUCAAAGCCCAAACCACAGGGAACAAAAACCUGCACCUUCAAAUCCAAACCCAAAAAUGUAUCAAGAAAAAUGGAAACUGACAAGAAAAGGCAUGGGAAGAAGACAAACACAGCUAUACAUGCAAACAAAAGGCCAGCUCCAGUGCAGAAGACGAUUCCAUCUGCCAGUUGUCACCCGAGUUCAGCUGGGCGUCGUGAUCAGAACCCUGGGAUCAGACGGGCACAAGUGACACAGGAUCAUCCUUCAGGACUGACCCCUGUAACGCAAGCAGAACAUGAACAGCAAAACUCACUUCCACUGGCUUACUCUCAGCCUGCUGCUAGCUGUAAUAUUCCAGAUUCAGGUCAGGUUUACAAAUCCACUGUAUUUAACUGUCGGCUGACUACAUCCACACCUGCACUGAGCCCUCAGAGACCUGGAUCAGCUCACAGUGAACCUGUGCUUCAUCAUCAGGUGGGAUCUGUAGAGCCAAGUGCCCCUUUGGCAUCAUCCACUGGGUCCUCAACCUGUCCCUCAUCUGCAGUGAUAACAACACAUGUGCCCAACCAGCCCCAGGUCAGCCAGCCUCAACCUGAUCCAAGUGGAUCAGUACUAGUUAUUUGCAAUGACCAGGAGCAGGAGAUCUGUUCUAAAGAAAGUGGUACUAAUGCAGAGGAUGACAUAAAAGAUGGGAUGGACACUACACCUGUCAGAGACAUCAGCUGUGAGAAAUUAACAGUUCUAAAUCACAAUGCCAAACCCACCAGUCCAGAGAAAACCACACAGAAAGUGAUGACUGUUAAAUAUCUGCUGGGAGAGCUGAAGACUUUAGUUGCUAAUCAGGACGGUGAUGCUGUGCGGCUGAUCUCUGAGGUGGAGCAGAGCGUCUCACUGCUUCCUGUCAUGGUGGGCAGCACCAACAUCCAGGCUGAGAUCGCACUCGCCCUACAGCCCCUCAGGAGUGAGAACGUACAGCUGCGAAGGUCAGUGAGUGAGGCAUUAGCUGAAAUGCAGAGUUGCCAGAAUAAACUUGGAAAGUAUGAGAUUGAGAAGAUGGAACUGACUUUGAGCCUUCAGCAGAGGGAGACAGAGAUCAGCAGUCUGCAGGAAGUCAUCAGAAAUCUGCAGUUAAGUCAAACAAAAGACACCAGCAAAUAUUCUCAUCAGUUGGACUUGUGUCAACCAAACUCUCAGCUUACCAAGAGUGUUCUGGAAUUGCAUGAAAAUGCACAGAGGGAGUCCGCUGUCUCAGAUAAACUUUCAAACUCUGUGAAGACCUACCUUCAGACCCUGGAGGGCAUCGAACAGGCCUCUCCUCCCCACCGAGUUUACUGUAGGUCCCAGACAUUACAACCAACCUUUCCUGGUCAGACUGAUGGUGGAAAAGAGAACUUUAUGCCAGUCUGCUCCCCAUAUAUACGCAAACCAACCCUGGAAACCAUAGCUGAGAAUGUGUCUCAGUUAGAAGAGCAGAAACGAACAACGUUUGCCCCUUUAAGAGAGACUCCAGUGGUGCAGCUUGCCUCAGGAGUUGCUCACAGUAAUCCACUCACUCAGUGUAAUGAGCUGAUAACAUCCAAGAGUCAAAGGGAAUAUGUGGAUGCUCAUGUAGACCUGAAAUCUAUGGGCCGUGCUUUUGAAAAGCUGGACAUCUCAGAUGGGCUUCACGUUCAGGAUGUGAAGAAUGAUGGCCGAGAUUACAUUUCAGAUCAUCAUGGCAUGGCCUUACAUUUAAAUCAGAAAAAUAAGGACCUGAACAAUCAGCUAGUGCAAUCCCAACAUGCCCGUCGAUGCCUAAGGAUGGGUGUUCAGUCAGCAUCCACUGGACACCCUUCAGUGACGGAGAACACCUUUUCCUCGUGUGAUAUUAAAUCUUUAGCCUCUGAUUGGAGCAUAAACUCCUGGUCCACGUUUAACACACAGGAUGAGCAGAAUUUCAGGGACGGGCUUGCAGCAUUAGAUGCCAGCAUAGAAAGUCUGCAGAAGACCCUGAGAGUUGAUCUAAAGAAAUAAUUCAGUAUGACAAUGUUUGUAUUGUGUUUUUAAUUUGAUUAUAAGUAAUUAGUGGAUGUUUUUAAAUGUGUCUUUAUUUUUUUUAUUAAAUUAUUAUGUGAAAUAUCAAAGAAUAUCACAUUUCUCAG